GUUCCACCUUAGAACGGUACACGGACCGUCUUCCCCCUGCAGAGUCAGCAGAGGGCGCUGUGUGCGCUGCCAGUAGGCGGGCCUUGGCUUCCCGCAGCAAUAAGAAAAAGGAUCGGGGAAAAGAGGCACAGAGUGGGCGCUCGCAGCUACCGUCUGUAAUCUGUCCUGCGGCUGAUACCGCCUCAUGACGGGACAUCCAUGCUGACUGACCGCAGGACAUGGGAGUCCUCGAAAUCACUGACCAGCAUCCACUGGUCCAAGCAAUAUUUAAUCGCAACCUAGAAGAAAUACAAUUGCUUUUGAGCCAGAAGGAAAAUGUCAACAUUUUGGACCAAGAGAGGCGCACUCCUCUGCAUGCUGCUGCCUACUUAGGAGACAUCCCGGUUAUGGAACUAAUAAUACAGUCGGGUGCUAAUCUUAAUGCAAAAGAUUCAAUUUGGCUUACACCCCUGCACCGGGCUGCGGCAGCACGAAAUGAGAGGGCUGUCUCUGUGCUUGUAAAGCAUUCUGCUGAUGUCAAUGCCCGGGACAAGAACUGGCAAACGCCACUACAUGCCGCUGCUGCAAACAGAGCAACUAAAUGUGCAGAGACCUUAAUGGGUCUGGUGAAAAAUGUCAACAUAGCAGAUCGCACAGGACGUACUGUACUUCAUCAUGCUGUGCUUGGUGGCAGUGUAGAGAUAGUAUUGAUGUUGUUGAACAGAAGGGCACACCACAGCAUAUGUGACAAAAAGGAGAGACACCCCAUCAUGUAUGCAUCUUAUCUGGGACACCUGGAGAUUUCAAAGCUGCUGAUAUCUCGGGGAGCUGAUGCCAUGUCAAAGGAUAAAAACGGUUACACGCCCCUCCAUGCAGCUGCCUCUAGUGGGAGGAUUGACAUUGUGAAGUAUUUACUGAAAUUAGGUGUUGAGAUUGAUGAGCCCAAUUGCUUCGGGAACACUGCCCUACACAUUGCCUGUUACAUGGGUCAGGACGCUGUGGCCAAUGAACUAGUCAACUAUGGCUCCAAUGUCAACCAGCCUAAUGAGAAAGGUUUUACCCCUUUGCACUUUGCUGCUGUUUCCACAAAUGGGGCACUGUGUCUGGAGCUGCUAGUUAACAAUGGAGCUGAUGUAAAUUAUCAGAGUAAAGAAGGAAAGAGCCCUUUGCACAUGGCUGCCAUACAUGGAAGGUUUACACGUUCCCAGAUUCUGAUUCAGAAUGGUGGUGAAAUUGACUGUGCUGAUAAAUAUGGCAAUACUCCUCUGCAUGUUGCUGCUAGAUAUGGGCAUGAGCUGCUAAUUAGUACUUUGAUGACAAAUGGUGCGGACACCGCAAGACGUGGAGUUCAUGGCAUGUUCCCCCUGCACUUAGCUGUUCUCUAUGGGUUCUCAGACUGUUGCCGUAAGCUACUUUCCUCAGGUCAGUUGUACAGUAUAGUGGCCUCACUGAGCAAUGAACAUGUUCUGUCUGCCGGCUUUGAUAUCAAUACACCUGACAACCUCGGGAGGACCUGUCUCCAUGCUGCUGCUUCAGGAGGAAACAUUGAAUGUCUUAAUUUGUUGACUAGCAGUGGCGCUGAUUUGGCAAGACAAGAUAAAUUUGGAAGGACUCCGCUGCACUAUGCCGCUGCUAAUGGCAGCUACCAGUGCACAACGACUCUGGUGAAUGCUGGCGCUAGUAUUAAUGUGGCAGACUAUAGAGGCUGCACUCCCCUACACUAUGCUGCUGCUUCAGAUACCUACAGGAGGGUUCCUAAUACUGUUUCUAAGGCUUCACGCCAGACAGAGAAGUCCAGAUCAAUGGAGUCUAACUCUGUGACAAGGCAGGAGUCCGGGAAAGAGGAUGAGAAGGCUUCGCUGGAAAAGGAGGCUUUCAUUGCCUUAGAAUACCUGCUGGACAACAAUGCCGACCCUUCGAUUCGUGAUAAACAGGGAUAUGCUGCUGUUCACUACGCAGCUGCUUUUGGUAACAGACAGAACUUGGAACUACUCCUAGAGAUGUCAUUUAACUGCCUGGAUGAUGUGGAAAGCACUGUACCAGUUAGCCCUUUGCACUUAGCUGCCUACUAUGGUCAUUAUGAUGCCCUGAAAACUUUAGCAGAAACGCUGGUGAACCUGGACGUACGUGACCACAAGGGCCGCACUGCUCUUUACCUCGCCACAGAAAGGGGAUCCACAGAGUGUGUGGAGGUUCUAAUGAGCCAUGGGGCCUCUCCAUUUAUCAAGGACCGCAAAAAGAAAUGGACCCCAUUGCAUGUAGCAGCUGCCUCUGGAAACACUGAUGUUCUGCACCUGCUGAUUGAUAGCAGUGAGAGACUAGACAUUACUGAUGUGACAGAGGCACAUGGCCAAACUCCCUUAAUGCUUGCUGUGAUGAAUGGACAUGUUGACUGUGUUCACCUGCUGCUGGAGAAAGGAGCCACUGUAGAUGCUGGAGAUAAAAGAGGAAGAACCACACUUCACAGAGCAUCUGUAACUGGUUGUGAAGACUGUGUGGGUGCUCUGCUGGACCAUGAUGCCUUUGUGCUGUGUCGGGAUUACAAGGGACGCACUCCUAUUCACUUUGCUGCAGCUUGUGGCCAUGCGACACUGGUACAUGUGUACUUGCAGGCUGCACUCUCUACAGACCCACUAGAUGCAGUGGUGGAUUACAAUGGAUACACUCCCAUGCACUGGGCUGCUUACAAUGGGCACGAAGAUUGUUUGGAAUUGUUACUUGAACACAACCCAUUUGCUUACCUCGAAGGAAACCCUUUCACCCCUUUGCACUGUGCAGUAAUAAACAGCCAAGACGGUACGGCUGAGAUGCUUAUAGAAGCUAUGGGUGCCAAGAUUGUUAAUAGCAGAGAUGCCAAAGGGAGGACUCCUCUUCAUGCUGCAGCUUUUGCUGACAACGUGAAUGGUUUACAGCUGCUGCUGCGACACCAGGCUGAAGUUAAUGCCACUGACCAGUCAGGUCGGACACCUCUGAUGAUGGCAGCAGAAAAUGGGAGAACUGCAGCAGUGGAGUUCCUGCUGUUUCACAUGAAGGCUGAUUUAACUGUGAUGGAUAUGAACAAGAACACUGCUCUUCACCUAGCCUGCAGCAAGGGUCAUGAGAAGUGUGCCUUGCUGCUUCUAGGGGAGACCCAGGACCUUGGCCUUAUCAAUGCAACAAACAGCAUGCUGCAAAUGCCGCUUCAUAUUGCUGCUCGAAAUGGGCUUGCAUCUGUUGUCCAAGCUUUGCUUACAAGAGGAGCUACUGUUUUGGCUGUGGAUGAAGAAGGUCACACCCCGGCCUUGGCCUGUGCUCCCAACAAAGACGUAGCAGAUUGCUUGGCACUUAUCCUAUCCACCAUGAAGCCUUUCCCACCAAAAGAUGCCAUCCUCCCCUUCAGCUUCAACCUCCUGAAGAACUGCGGCAUCGCUGCCAAGACUGCUAUCCCCAAUGGUGGCAGUUGCCCCUACACAAAGGAUCGGCACAGUUCCAUUGCCAUGGAUGGCUGCUUCACUGAGUAGCUCUUCCCGCCUUGCGGGUUACCCAAAACCUUACGUUUUAUUUAUUUAGUAUAAGUAUAGGGCACUUUUAAAGGAGAACAAGACACAGCGUGUAUGAAGUAUGAGCUGUGCCUGGGCUUUUUUAUUUUUAGCUGCUCUUUUGAGCUGUCCUGGCCUGCACUGAAGCUUAAGUAGUAUUGUACCUUCCUGUAUUUAGGAAGGAGGCCCAGGUUGGGUGGAACGGAGUUUUACUGCUGGGUACUUCUUUUGUUCUGUGGUUCUUAAAUCAGUUGCCGAAGCUUUCACAAUCUUGUGUUGUUGAAGGUGAAAAGAGGCCUCCAUAGCUGUAUUUUGGAGGUUUCCCCUGUGCAAUUCAUGUCUUUGCUGCUGUAAGACCAUGAAAGCCAUUAUACUGUUGAAGGGUCACCAGGCCUUAAUAUUUAUUUCAGGGGCAGCUUAAUAAUUCUGUUUGGGGUUACGGGACUACAUAGGCAAGCGGCACCUUAACUUCAGUCUAAACCUAGUGUUCUUUCUUUCCACUCUUACAAUUCUUUAAAAACCGUUCCUUAACGGUCCUUCUGUCCUGUGCCUAAGAAAUACUAGGCACUACAAAAUCACAUGCUUUUCUCUUUAUGCAAAUGUGGUGCUGCAUUUAGCCAGUUGAUGGAUCCCUGGUUGACAUUCCCACUAUGCACUGCUGCAAAAUCCCCCUGCCAGCUAGGCACUUUAGUGAUUCUGAGUUCUAGUGCUUUAUUCCCUUUUCUGGUCUUCCCAUCAUCUGUCACCACUAGAUGUGAUGUCUGCCAUGCCAUCAGUAUUUGAAAAAUUCUAUUAAUAUGUCAAUCCUCUAGGGAACCGUAACUUCCAUGGCUUAGACAGGUACAACUAAUCUGUCUCUUCUAUCUUCACUAGGAUUCUCAUUGCUGCAGUCUCCUUUUCAGAGCAUAAUUUGCACUUGAAUUGCUCUUUUCAACCUAAAAUUAAGUUCUAAUAGGUUUGCGAGUAUGCGUGUAAUGUUAUUUUAGUACUAGAUGUUUACUUGAGUUCUUGAUGUGAAAUGUUUU